GUGACGCGUUGGAUCCAGUUUGGAUGCGUCGCUUUGGAUACUUGGCAUUGCAUUUUCUUUUAGCGUGGCUGGUAGCUGCCUGUGUGACUGCAAGCCAGUGAAACAAGUUAAAUAAAUAUACUCCGUUGUGCAUAAUGCCGUUUAUUUAUAAAGUAAAUUGAGCAAACGGAAGUGUGUGGAAAAAAUCAAACAAAAAUUUCUGGCUCACAUUUGGGCGAGCGAUUUGUAAUCGAAUUGCCGCGUGUGUGUGUGUCUCACUUUCAGUGUACUGAGUGGAAGUAAGUGUUAUUUAGGGGGCUUCGGAGUAAAAGUGCAUAAAUAGUUAAUAAAAAAUUAUUAAAAAAUCAAAAAGUUAGUAAAAUUGUGCUUAAACACAUAUGUAUAUGCGAUAUCAAAAUUGAAAUAUACGUACACACAAGUGAAAAACAAAUGCACUGCAUAAUUUUUAUUUUUAAAAUAAAAUAAUUUUUGUGCAAAAUCAAACUGCAAAAUGCAACAAGCCACUAACAACACUAUUUACUAUAGCUAAACAUAUGUAUGCUAGCAUACAUGCGUAUAUAUACCGACAUAUAGCUGCAUACGAUUUUUUUGCUCAAACGUUAUCUGCGAAUUCUUCAGACUUUUAAUGCGACACAAGGUAUUUUCUAUGCAUUUACUACAAUUGCUUAGUGCUUACCGGACACCAUCGAGGAAUCAUCUCUUUAUAAAGAAUAAUUAAAGUGAAGUUUUCUGCUAUUGAACAAAAUUUAAGCAUCUACAAGUGCCAACUAACUGUCUCCCAGCUGCGAAACCCACCCACCAUAAACCGCGCAAGAAUGAAUACUUCUGCUAGCAUAAAGUCACAGCUGCUGCUUUACGCGCUGCUCACCAUCACCUGCUUAUGCGUCACGGCACAAUUACCCGCGACAGGCUCUUCAAAUUGUGGACCCAAUUUUCCGUCGGCCUGCCUUUGUGGACGCGAGCUGUACGAGGGCAGCAUCAGUUACAUUGUAAACUGCACGAAUACAGGCAUCCACAACACCAGCGUGCUCGAGUUCAUGCCGGACGAGGUGGAAAUUUUAAUAUUCACCGGUAAUAUUGUGCCCGAAUUACCAUGGAAUGUAUUCGGCUCGAUUAAUGACUACAAAAAUCUGAAGAUCGUCGAUAUGAGCAACAAUCACAUACGUGAAAUACGCGGAAAAUCCUAUCAUCACGUGCAAAAUGUAGAGCGUUUGAUAUUAAAUCAUAACAAUUUGAGCAUUUCACGCGAAGAUGACGAAGUCAAUCACCAUCAUCCACGCGUGUUUUCGAAUUUCCUAAAUUUGCAAAGUCUACACCUAACCGACGCGUUCGCUGAUAACAGUUCGCCACAGCUAAGUGAAGAUUUGCAUGAUAUUUUCGUGAACAGUCAGCUGAACAAGCUGCAGAAAUUGCAUUUGGAGCAAAACGAAAUCACACACUUCAAGGAUCGCAAUGUCUUCUGUGAUCUGCCGAGUCUGCGCGAUUUACACUUGGGCGAUAAUCUACUUAAAGAUAUCAAUUUUGAGGUGCGUUGCUUGAAAAAUUUGCGCUUUCUCGAUUUGGAGCGCAACAAAUUUGAAUAUGUGAAGACACACGACAUGAUGCUACUCAACGAACUGGAGACGCGCAGCGAUCGCACCACCAAUCUCAUUGUCGACUUCAAUCUCAAUCCAUUCCUUUGUGAUUGCAAAAUCAGCUCCUUUCACACCUGGAUUCUCUCGACGAACGUAACGGUACGCAAUAAGAAUACGCUAAUGUGUUAUCACAACGAUGUCGAGCCACUACCGAUCAUGGAACUGAAUAUGGACGGCUGUGCGGCAGCGGUAGCGGCUGCUGCCAUGAUGUUCAACACAGCAACAGAUGCGCACUAUGGCGGCAAUGGCAUGGAGCAAAGCAUAAGUGACGGUAGCACGGCAGCCGGACGGCCGCACAUGAAUCAGCACACAGUGACACUUAUCUUCCUGCUGAUUGUUUUGAGUAUGAUUUUGUUGGGGCUGGUGGUGGCGCUGGUCUAUGUGAGUCGUGAGCGCAUUAAAUACAUGAUAACGCCGGUGUUCGAUAAUGUUGCCAAGAAGGUGCAAUACACAUCGAUCAAAGACGAGGAUUGCCCGGAAGUGUAUGUUUAAGGCGCGCAAACCGCUGCGUAAAAAUCGAUAAAAAAAAA